AUGUUGACCGACGAAGAAAUUAAAAAAGUUCUUUUAUAUUGUGAAUUUUCGGUACGAAAGAGAAAACGUACGUUGGAAGAGUUGCAACCAACAUACGCAUCAGUUUUGCGAAGAAAAGCUUUGCGAGUUAUUAAAGAUUGGUGUACACCAGGCGUUCCAACAAGAAUAUGGAACAAUGUUAAAAGCGAUCCGAAUCUUGUACUGAGGUUUAAUUUGAAACCAAUGGAAGAAAUGCAAUCCCAAUUUCAGCUUGAUGUGAAUGCUUCAAAUGAUAAUCAAGAAAUCGCAUCGAUUAUUGAUGAAAACUCACUUGUAGAGGAAAAUGAUGACUCAGUUGAUCAUCAGUCGAAGGAUACAACAAUAAAUGAGUUUGAGGGUAUGGAAACUGUCCUAUUUGAGAACGAAGCCCAAUUACUGGAACAGAAUGAACAGCCUGGAAAUGAGCAAAUGACUUUAAUAAAGAUUUUACGGCAUUUUGCAGCUUACACAAAUCAAAAACAAAUACACCUAACGUAUCUACUCAAAUUACUGAAGCUGUAUGAGCCUAUUCCAUAUUAUUCUUUGUUACCAAGCACUGGACAAGAACUUAUGCAUGUGGAUGGAAGCGAUUGGCCCACUUCAACAAAUAAUGCACAAAAAUCAAGACAGUUGCCAUCUGCUGUAUCAAUUAAUGAUGGAAAAUAUGUACAUUUCGGCUUAGAAAAUGCCUUAAGUGGAAAUUCUGCUGGACUCAUCCAUCGCGACGCAGAUUUGAUGCAAUUUGUUGAUUUGUACUAUAAAAAUGCAAGUAUUCUUCCCAAAAAUUUGCAAAAAGAGAUUGAAGCAUUUGACGUUUACUCAAUUACGGAGAAAGCUAAAGCCACUCUACGAGGAGAAAAAAUUGUAGUUCCUGAAUUGUGUUUGGAGAAAACCCCUCAUUUCAACAUAGAUAUCAACAUCGACGAAGCCAAGCUAAACGAAGACGAAAAUGCUCCUACGAUAACACCUAUUCUUGGAAGAAUUCACUCAAUUCAGUCAGAUGCAAAAAGUCUUGACAACAUCACUCUUUUGGAGACUUCAGUUUUCAUCAUCGGUUUUUAUGUUGGAAAGGGUAAGCCUACCGAUAUUCACAGAUUUCUUCAAGACCUUAUUCGUGAACUUUCUCACCUUUCCCCUUCAAAUGAAAACAUUGCCGACAUAAAUGAGCGUUGCUGCACAGCUUCACUUCGUUGUGUCAUUGCUGAUGGUCCAAUGAGAUCUUUUCUUAAAAGAACUAAAGGCCAUUCCGGUUAUUGGUGUUGUGACCGUUGUAUUCAGAAAGGUGAAAUGGUUAAUCGAACUAUCUUACUACGAAAUGUCAAUGCCCCUGCUAGAACCGAUGCAGAUUUCUUGACUUAUCAUGUCAACGAUUAUUCUAUUGAUGAACACUUGAAAGACCCAAAAGAUGUUAGUCCUUUCCUCAAUGUAAAUUUGCCAAUGGUAUCAGGCUUUGUCAUUGAUCCUAUGCAUACUGUUAUCGAGGGUGCCUUUGGCCGACGUUUAGAGGGAUUUGUAUUCGUGCCAGCCGAGGGCAAACUUACAAGCACACAGAUAGCUGAAGCCAACAAACGAAUCAAGUUCUUUCACUUGUGCCGACCAUACGGAUUUGACCGUUUUGUUGACAAGCUGGAAAAAUGCAAGAACUAUAAGAUUCAUGUGAAACGUAACAUUCUUUAUUAUCUAUUAUUUCCUCUCUUCAAGGGAAUUCUCAGUGAAAAUGACCUCGAACAUAUUAUGUUGUUACAAUAUGGCAUGAUGUUAUUGGGGUCUUUCAAUGGAGAACCCGUUCCAAAAGAAAGAAUUUUAAAGGCCAAAAACAUCUUAGAUAGAUAUUCUGUGGAGCUGACUGAGAGAGAAAUACCUUGUCGAUUUGUCAGCCAUCAAGUUUCUCAUGUGUGGCAGGAUUCAGAAAACUUUCAAUGCGGGAUUGAAACUCUGAGUGCAUUCCCUUUCGAGAGUUUCCAAGUUUUCUUUCGAAGAUGUAUAAGAAGUGGAAAUCUCCAAGCUGAACAGAUACGUAACAGAUGUGUUGAAAAGUCUAAGUACCAACUCCCGACAACUUCAUGUGGAACUAUUAUUGAGACUAAAGUACAAUUAAUGCUGGAAGGAAUAAACAAUAACAACAGGGUACUUAAAUAUUGCAAUAAGGGAGGUCGAUGGCCUAAAAAAAUUUUUUUCAAUAACUUUGUCUUGACUAAUUUAUUCCCCAAUAAUAUUUUUCUCGAUAACCAAAAAUCUGCCUUCGUUUGUGUUGACAUUCUUGCGUGUAGUGGUAUGGAAUUAGUUGAAAUUGUUGCACGUAAAUUUGUAUCUCUUGAAAAUGCCCAUGUUCAGCCAUAUCGAUCGUCAGAUCACAACAUAUUUUCUGCUCAUACCCUCAGUGCGCCUACAUUUUUCCGCUAUCCUUCACAAGUAUUUUGUAAAAUGAUGGCUCUUCCUCUUAAUCCAACUCCACCAAUAUCUUUUGAAAAUGAGGAAUUACGUUGGUAUUUAGUUCCUCUGUUGCAUACAUCUGAUAAUUUCAACUAA